AUGAAGACGUCAACAAGACGCUGGGAGGUGAUUAUACAAACUUCUCUUGAGUAAAGAAAGACGCAAUCGUGACGGUGGGGGAUUGCGUUGUGACAUAUAUAGCUCUAGGCCAUGGCCAGCUCCGAUCCCGAAAAGUUGAUCUCCAAAGCCGACAAAUUAACCAAACUGUCGAUGACGAGAUGGACAGCUGAUUGGAAGAGUGCCACAGUUCUGUAUGAGCAGGCUGCUAACGGAUUCAGAUUGGCGAGAAAAUACGAGAAAGCGAAAGAUGCACUUGAGAAAGCAUCACAAGGACAAGUGAUGCUCUCUAGUCCCUGGGAUGCUGCUAAGCACAUGGAGUCGGCAGCUGCUAUGGCAAAAGAACUAAGCAACUGGAAUGAAGUUGCUGAUUUUUAUAGAAAGGCGUCGGAGUUAUACAGUGAAUGUGGAAGGUCACAACCAGCAUCGGAUGCUCUUGCAAAAGGUGCACGGGCCUUAGAAGAUUCCGCACCUGAGCAAGCGAUUCAGUUAUACAAUGAUGCUUGUUCUAUUCUUGAGGAGGAUGGUAAAGAGCAGAUGGCAUUUGAUCUAUAUCGUGCUGCCACAAGUUUAUAUAUAAAGCUUGAAAAGUACACAGAUGCUGCAACAAUCUUGUUGAGGUUGGGCUUAGCAGCUGACAAGUCCAGCGCCACCCAUAGCCAAUGCAAGGCAUAUCUUAGCGCAAUAAUUGUGUACCUUUAUGCUAAUGACUUCAAUCAAGCAGAAAAGUGCUACAAUGACUGUUAUCAGAUUGAUGCUUUUCAAGGGAGUGAUCAAUGUAGAUGCGCUAGUAAACUUCUAGCUUCUUACCAAGACGGUGACGUUGAAGAGAUCAAACGUGUGGCUCAAUCAAGCACCAUAAAGAAUCUCGAUAACGUGGUGAUCAAGCUUGCGAGGAAAUUGCCUACUGGCGACGUGAGUGCAUUUAAGACCACGAGCAACGAACAAGAAGAGGUUUUUGAUGAAGAUGAUCUCACUUAGCUUAUAUUUUCCGAGUCGUGGUCAAUUGAGGAUGCUUUUACUGCGCAUUAUUACAUUCAUUGCAUACCUUUUCCUCUUGUUCUUUUAUUGGGGUAUAUUUUGAUGUGGGUGUGGUAUUGGAUGCGAAUUGUGAUUUAAGAACAUAUAUUUGUGUACUAUUGAAUUGUCCUAAACUUGACAAAACAAUUGGAUUGUUUCUGUAUGUAUUUUGUUUCUGGGUUAUAAUUUGGAAAAGUCUAUAUUUAUUAUUAUUA